AUGCCCGCUGCCCAAGAUGCCUCUGGCCUUCGGGCCUGCCUGGAGAGAGACGGCUUCGUCGUCGUCCGGGGAAUCGUCAGCGGUGCGGCGCUCGAGGAGCUCCGCCAGGCCAGCCGCACGGUCGAAGAGCUGGGCCGAUCCGGCCAGUGGCCGCACGUCCGCACGGUCGGCAAGCAGUUCCCCCCCUGGGCUUACUCUCCCGACAAGGGCAUCUGGGGCGUGCAGCAUCUCAUGGACCCCCAGCUGCCCGGCCACCAGGUCUUUACGCGCCAGUACUUCUCCGAGGCGACGCUGAGCAUCGUCCGCGAGCUUCUGCAGUGCACCGACGAGGAGCUGGUCAUGGAGCUGUUCAACAUGCUGGUGCGGCCCGACGGCGGCGACUUUGAGCUCCGAUGGCACCGCGACGACAUCCCGGCCGAGGCCACCGCCGAGGAGGAGAUGGCGCGUCUGCGGCGGCCCGCCUUCCACGCGCAGUACAACCUCGCCCUGUGGGAGGACGAGUCCCUGGUCCUGGUGCCCGGGUCGCACAAGCGUCCCCGGACCGACGCCGAGCGCCAUGCCGAUCCCUUCGACAGGGCUCUGCCUGGCCAAGUCGCCGUGCGGCUCGGGCCCGGCGACGUCGCCUUUUACAACAACAACAUUCUCCACCGCGGCGUGUACGAUUCCGCCAAGGACCGCGUCACCCUGCACGGCUCCGUGGGCCACGCCGCCGGCGGCGAGCUCCGCGCCCGAAACGUUUUGCAGCACGGCGUGGGCCGGUUUGUCGCCAGGGUGGACUUGUCCACGCUCGGCGACGAGGAGAGGCGGCGGGCCGACGAGAUGCGGGCCAGGCUCGUCAGGUUGGGCGGCCAAAGCGGCGCGGUGGGCUACUCCCUGCAGGGCUGA